AUGUUCAUUCGGUCCAUCAUUGAUAGUUUUCCGAAAACGUGGAUCAUUCAAAAGAGAUAUCUUCCAAAGAUUAAAAUUCCUGAAUAUCUUUUAGACAGAACAGUAAAACCAGAAGAAGUUUUAAGUCGCCUUACACCUGAGGAUACAGAAAGGUUGGAAUUUUGUAUGGCAGAAUAUCAAAAUAUGCUUGAGAAAGGUGCUGAUGUUCCGAAGUCUUUAAAUAAAAGGAAUGUUCUGGACCUGUUGUGCUGCACCAGUCCUACAUCUCGAAUAAAAUUUCUAAGGUUUUUGUUCAAGUGUGAGAAGCGCGAUGAAAAUGCUCUUAUGAAAAAGUUAGAGAAGGUAACUGUUGUCUCUGACAGAACACCUGGAUCUUGUGACCGUAUUCUUCGAAUAAUUGAUGACAAAUGUUUCCGUUCACAUUGGGAUUUUUGGCAAGCUUCUGAAAUACGUUGUCCCGACUCAGCUCAGCCUUUAUUAUUUGAUUUCUCAUAUGAAUCUGAGAUGAGAUUAGUUGAUUUAAGGUCUCUCUCCAAUCAAAUGACGUAUGUUCUAAACAGGAAUCGUAUAAUGAGACCUCAUCCAUUCCAUAUGGUGCUUUGUGGUUUAAAACAAGGAACAAAUCAGUUUGCUUACAUGGAAGAAGCUUUUGGUGUGAAUGCGAAGCUAUCAACUAUUAAAAGCUUGAACGAGCUUCCGUGGACGAUCACUCCCAAUCAUUUUUCCCAUGAAUAUCCUAUUCAUGAUUUAGAACAGCCUGUUAUAUUGUUGUCGCCAAAUGCACGUCAAACAUUUGAAGCUGGUGAAUAUGACCAUAAUGCUGCUUAUGUCAUUGGGGCAAUAGUGGAUAAAGCUGUUCGGAGACCAAUUUCUUCUGCAAUAGCUCGACAGUUACCUCGUAACUCAGAUGAACGUCAAAAGUGGCUAGACGCUUUACAGGAGGCUAGGGAUUUACAUACGCAGAAUUAUGCUCUUCUGAAUCAGACCAAUCGUUUACUGGAACAUCCUUGCAGCCUUUCCGAAUUCGACCGUCGUAUCGUAGAGGCAGAUGCUUUUUUACAAAUUCUCAUAGAUCAACAUGAGCAACUGGUCAGUCAUAUUCCAUCGUCCGAUGAAUGUCGGCCGGAGAUUAUGGGUGCUGUCACUUUUCGGAUGCAAAGGCUUAUCGAACUGGUGAAAAAGACAAUUGUAUGCCUCCAGUUUGCCAGAGGUUCAGUCAAUAGUUCAUAUCGUAUACCGAUUACUUUGAAUGACAACAUUGUUUCUGAUGCAGUUGACAUUCCGCAAACUUUACAAUUCGAUACGUCUAUAUCAAGCAGUGCUUUCUCUACAUUGAAAGUGAAAGAUUAUGAUUUAAAAGUACAUGAGAUAAAUCAUACAUUUAUGAACCUUCAAAGUGGUGAAGGUGAUGGUGAAAAUCCAUUCACUUCUUGUCAAGAGUCCUUAUCUAAUGCUUCCCCUAUUAUAACACAGAAACCUUCCAGAAAACAUUCUACUCGUAAUUCUCGACGUUUGGAAAAAAGCAAAUUACACAAGCGGCCAUCUUCUACUACAGAAUCAUCCAUCGAAUCCCAUUCAAUACGUUCACAUCCUGAGCAGCUAGCUACUAUUUCUUCAUCACUCCCUAAUGAUACUGUGAUUGUGAAAAGAUGCUUUGAUGCAUUAGAUUCACCCUCUUCUAAUUAUCCACCAUUGUCCAUCCCAAGAAUGCCAGUUAGGUCUUAUUCGUCUUCAGAUGAUGAUCAGGCUCAAUUGGAUCAAGAAGAAGAGGAUGAAGAAUUCUUUGAUACUCAAGAAGAUAUUUCUGUCAACUGCGCAAUAACAAAUUCUCCACAACCUGUCAAGGAUAAUACAAUUCUAAGCAUGCAUUCAAAUCCAACUGUGCCUAUAACGAAAUCUGGUCGUUAUCGUUCAAGUCAGUCAUCAUCAAAUAAUCAUACGAAUUCAUCUUUGGAUGAUACCUUCGACGAAUUGUAUGAUGAUGAAAAGGAAGAAGAGUUAGGUUCUGUGCAAUCUCACGGUUCUGUGAUAACACAUCUUCUUUCUCAGCUUCGGAUCGGAAUGGAUUUAACUAGAAUCACUUUGCCCACAUUCAUUCUCGAACGUCGUUCUACACUGGAAAUGUAUGCAGACUUUUUAGCACAUGCUGAUUUAUGGGCUGUUAUUCCUAAUGCAUCAACGCCUCGUGAUCGUAUGGUUGCUUGUCUUCGGUGGUAUUUGUCUGCAUUCCAUGCUGGCAGACGAUCGUCAGUUGCUAAGAAACCUUACAAUCCUACAUUAGGUGAAAUAUUUCGCUGUUAUUGGCCUUUAUCUACAGAGAGUGGAGAUGAUUCGACAAAUGCAUCAGAAAAACCACAGGAAAAAUUAUAUAAUUCUGGUCCUGUUCCUUGGGCGCCUCACAAUUCCGUAGUCUUCUUAGCAGAACAGGUCUCACACCAUCCUCCUAUAUCCGCCUUUUAUGCUGAACAUGUUAAUAAUCAAAUAGCUGUAGAUGGACACUUGUGGACAAAAUCAAAAUUUCUUGGUCUAAGUAUAGCUGUAGAAAUGGUUGGUUCAGCUGUCAUAUCAUUACUAAAUCAUCAUGAAGAAUAUGUGGUUACGUUUCCAUGUGGAUAUGGCAGAAACAUCCUCACUGUUCCAUGGAUUGAAUUGGGUGGGAAAACUACCAUCACAUGCUUAAAAACUGGCUAUAUAGCUAAUAUCGAGUUUCGAACAAAACCUUUUUAUGGUGGUAAACGAGAUACUUUACGUGCUGAGGUUUUUGGACCUAAUGAUAAGAAGGCAUUUCUUAUUGUUGAAGGUGAAUGGAAUGAUAAGAUGUUAGCGAAGUGGCCUCAUGGUAAAAAUGAGUUAUUCAUUGAUACCCGUAACCUACCAACUGUAAGAAAACAUGUCCUUCCUCGAUCUCGCCAAGAAGAAAAUGAAUCAAGACGAUUGUGGGAGGAAGUGACAUAUAAUUUAAAAGUGGGUAAUAUCGAUGCAGCAUCUGAUGCUAAACAUCGUUUGGAACAGCGACAACGAGAUUUAGCUCGACAGAGAAGAGACUCAAAAAAUACAUGGACACCAAAAUACUUUCGUGAAGAGGGAGAAAACUGGAUUUAUAGACAUCCUUUAAUUCAACGCCUACAUCAAUCACUCAAUCAAAAUAGUUCUCCUACUGAACCACGAGCAAUCUCCAAAAAUACGAAUUUAGCAUGUUCACCGGAUAUAGUUGUUAAUCCAGUUUCUUGCAACAACGCAAUAACCGAUUCUCCUCAGAUAGUCCAUGCUACUACAACUAAUUCUUCAAUCCCUGUAAUUGAAUAUUUCCCCAGUCCAUAA